AACAAUCAAAUGAGGUGCUGGCGCCGUCUAAUGUUAGCAACUUAUUUUUGGAUGUUCCGGGUUUCGAGCCGGCCGAUCCAGUUCAUAUGUUAGAAACUGGUUUUGUUAGUGCUGGUUUGGCUGAAGACGAUUCCGGUAUUUUUACUUUAGAUCGUGUUCAAUUUCAACCUCAAGCCCCAAUGGUUGCAAUGGCAGUAUCAAAUAAUGUUCUCGUAAUGGCCUUGGAAUCAAAUCAUAUCUUAAGAAUUGACUUACAACAAGCACACAAUGUUGAAGUAUUCUUUGAUCCAACCGGUCGACAUUUACUUAUUACCACCGAACAAGGAGAAAACUUUUAUAUAUUUGAAAAAUUGAAAAAAGCAAAAGUUCUUACAAAGUUUAAGGAAAUUCCUGGAAACUUGCCAUACAGUGAAUUACACUUUUUUUCUCAAUAUCAAGAUAUACAAUAUCAAGGAUCGGCUAAAAAUUUCGCGUGGUUAACUACUCCUGGCAUUUAUCAUGGCAGUCUUGUCUUUGGGUCUCAAGACCAUGUGGUUGAUAGCGCAAAAUUAUACCCUUCAAUGCCUUCAGAAAAUGAUCCAUCUACCAUGGUCACCGAAAAUCCUUUGUCAAUUGCUCUUACCGAAUUUCAUUUUAUUUUGUUAUAUAAAGAACGUGUUAGAGCUAUUUGUCAGUUAAAUGAUCAAACUGUUUAUGAAGAAAUUAUCCCCCUUAAUCCUGCUCAACGUGAUGAAGUUCUUACUACUCAGGCAGAUUAUUACUUUUCUCAAUGUCGAUUCCUUUUAUCGGCAACUUACUACGCCCAAUCCACUGUUCCUUUCGAAGAAGUCGCGCUUAAAUUUGUAGAACGAGAUGAAAGAGAUGCAUUAAGGACCUAUUUAUUGAAAAAAUUGGAAAAGCUUCGGCGUACGACAAAUUUGGACAAGCAAACAACAUACAAUCUCAUCGCUAGUCAUGGACGUACGGAUGAGCUCUUAUUUUAUGCUGAAUUAAUUGGCGAUUACGACAAAGUAAUUUCUCAUUGGAUUCAAGAAAAAGAUUAUAAACGAGCUUUAGAUGUCCUUAGUAAACAAGCUUCAAUUGAUGUUUAUUAUAAAUUUGCCCCAAUUUUAAUGGAAAAUGCACCAUAUGAAACGGUUAAUGUUUGGAUGAGACAACCAAAUCUCAACCCUAGAAACUUGAUGCCUGCGUUAUUGAAAUACGAUCACUCAAAAACUUCAGAAGACGUUACUCAAAAUCAAGCUAUAAGAUAUUUACAUUAUGUAGUAACGCAAUUGAACAACACUGAUCCGGCAAUUCACAAUUUUCUUCUUACAUUAUAUGCAACACAACCUACAUCAAAUAAUGACGAGUCCUCUCUGCUGAAAUUUUUGGCUACAGAAGGAAAAGAACCUUAUUAUAACAUGGACUACGCACUAAGACUUUGUAGUCAGAAUGGAAAGACACAAAGUUGUGUACAUAUCUAUAGCAAUAUGGGUCUUUUUGAGGAAGCUGUUGACCUAGCCUUAAAGCAUAAUGAUUUGGAGCUUGCAAGUAUCAAUGCUGACAAGCCAGAAGAUGAUGAAGCAUUGCGUAAAAAUCUUUGGCUUAAGAUUGCGAGACACGUGGUUGAGAAAAAACAAGAUAUUAAAAUGGCAAUGGAUUUUUUGCAGCGUUGCGAACUCCUUAAGAUCGAAGAUAUUUUACCCUUUUUCCCUGACUUUGUUCUAAUUGAUAAUUUCAAGUACAAUACACACAUCGAAGAUUUAAAACAAGAAAUGGAAGAAGCAACCAAAAGUGCAGACAGCAUUCGAAACGAUAUACGAGAGUUGCGAAAGAAAUGUUCGUUAUGCGAUUCUCCACUCUUGACAAGACAAUUUUACAUAUUUCCGUGUCAACAUGCAUUUCAUUCUGAGUGUUUAAUCCAAGAGCAUCUCAAUACUGUCCAACUUCGCAAAAUUUUGGAACUUCAAGAGCAAAUAGCAAAAGAAAUAUCUAAUUUUAAUCGUGCGCCAGAUAAUACAGCACGUGAGCGCAAUUCUUUUGCACCUGGAGGUCUAGAUCGGUUAAAAGGGUUGAUAUUACCAGAUGUUGCUACACACAGUGGUGACGAUGUAGCUGUAGUCGUGUCAAAGGAUGAGUUGGAUGACUUAGUAGCCUCAGAAUGUGUUUUGUGUGGUGAUAUGAUGAUAAAGACUAUUGAAAAGCCCUUUAUUAAUGAAGAAGAAA